UGGGAAGCCGGCCCCAUGCAGCUCAUCCCCACGCCCUUCUCCCAAACCGGCUUAACCGACCAAUACACCUUCUGCGCCUCCGAAAUGGCGCUCGUGCACAACUGCGUCGUCCGCGCCUUCAACAGCAUCUACCUCCAAGCACCCCACAUCCCCGUCUCCGAAUACGCCAACUUCGUGCACUACUGCAUCGCGGCCUACGACGGCCUGAAAGCGCACCACGAGGGCGAGGAAGCGCACUUCUUCCCGGAAAUCGAGCGGAUUACGGGGGAGAAGGGGCUCAUGGAAGUCAAUGUGGAACAGCACCACGCGUUUGAAAAGGGGUUCAAUGCGUGGGGUAAGUGGCUCAAGGAUAUCGAGGCGCGGAAGAAUAACUUCAGUCCGGAUAUGUGUCGCAGCCUUAUGGACGAUUUUGUCGCGCCGCUGUCGACGCAUCUGAACGACGAGAUUGCGACACUGCUCUCUUUAGCCCGGUUUGGAGAUAAGCUGGAUCUGAGGGCGAUGUGCAAGGCGGAGGCGGAUAAGGUAAUGGGCGGGUUGGGCAAGACGACGCAGUUGCCCGUGUUCUUUCUAAAUCAUGAUACCGAGUUUGAGGGUGGGGUGCAUAAUUUCCCGCCGAUUCCGCCGCCGGUUAGGUGGGUGUUGAGGGAAGUGUGUGGGAGGUGGAAUAGGGAGUGGUGGAAGUUUAGUUCGUGUGGGUUUGAUGGGAGGCCGAGG